GAUUUACAAAGGCUUUCCGUUGACGACGACGAAUCUUCCUCUUUCUCUUUCUCUUCCUCUCCACUUUUCUUCAUUUCCUUUGUCCUCCCCAUUUCUCGCUGACAAAAUUCACCUUUUCCUUCCAUCUCGCUCUCCCUAGAUUCCGGAUACAUCCUCCAGGGUAUAUAUCGUCAAUUUCUCCACGAUGAGCUCCAAUACGGCGUCGUCCAGCGCGGCGACCGCCGGAUCGGGAGAUUCUUCCGCCGCCAGGAAGAAUUCUAAGCGGCCUAAGUAUUCGAAGUUCACACAACAGGAGCUUCCAGCUUGCAAGCCCAUUCUUACGCCUGGCUGGGUCAUUUCGACAUUUUUGAUAGUCAGUGUCAUCUUUAUCCCCCUUGGAGUUAUCUCUCUUUUCGCUUCCCAGGAUGUUGUGGAGAUCGUCGAUCGGUAUGAUAAUGAUUGCAUUCCGGCACCUGCUAGGACUAACAAGGUUGCAUAUAUUCAAGGAGGUGGAGAUAAAGCUUGUAACCGAACUCUAAGAGUGACAAAGCGCAUGAAGCAGCCUAUCUAUGUUUAUUACCAGCUCGAAAACUUCUACCAGAAUCACCGAAGGUAUGUGAAAAGCCGAAGUGAUUCACAGUUGAGAAGUCCAAAAUACGAGAAUCAAAUAAGCGCAUGCAAGCCUGAGGAUGAUGUUGGUGGGCAACCGAUUGUGCCAUGUGGUCUAGUUGCUUGGAGUCUUUUUAAUGAUACGUACACCUUAUCGAGAAACAACACACGUCUAGCUGUAAACAAAAAAGGCAUUGCAUGGAAGAGCGACAAGGAACACAAGUUUGGGAACAGAGUCUUCCCCAAGAAUUUUCAGAAGGGGAAUCUCACAGGUGGUGCCAGUCUAGAUCCAGAUAUACCGCUCAGUGAACAAGAAGAUCUUAUCGUGUGGAUGAGAACUGCAGCAUUGCCAACAUUUAGAAAACUUUACGGAAAGAUAGAGACUGACCUAGAGAUGGGUGACACCAUACAUGUUACGCUGCAGAACAACUAUAACACUUACAGUUUCAGUGGAAAGAAGAAGCUUGUUUUGUCGACGACGAGUUGGCUGGGUGGGAAGAACGAUUUCCUAGGCAUUGCUUACUUGACAGUUGGUGGGAUCUGCUUCUUUUUGGCCCUCGCAUUUACCAUAAUGUACCUUGUGAAACCCAGGCGACUUGGAGAUCCGUCCUACUUGUCAUGGAAUAGAAAUCCUGGAGGUCGUUAACAAGCUUGGAGAGGGCGAGAGAGAGAGAGAGAGAGAGCUCUACUCUACGUGUGUAAAUCUUAUCCAUCCAUCCAUGUUCGUAACCCUUGCUUGCAAAAUAUUAUAUUACUUUGCUGUUGUUCAAAAAAUAUAUAUUACUUUUGUCCCCAAAUCUCUAUCUAUCUUUGUGUUAUUUU